AUGAGCCUAGGAGCCGAGGUAAUCGAGCUCUCCAGCGACGAAGACGAGGAGCCCGUGCCCAGCACCACCGCCCUCGCCCUCCACGCCCCCUCCUCCCCUCCCGACGUCAAGCCGCACCUGCUCGCCGACGUCGAUGUGAAGCCACUGCUGCUCCCGCCGCCGCUCCACCCCCCGGGCUACGGCGCGCUCGUGCCCGUGAAGACCGAGGAGCCCGUGCCCGUGCCCGUGCCCGUGGCCACCCUCACGCCGCCGCCCAGAGCGCUCCCGCCGCCGCGCCUCUGCCGCCAGUUCUGGAAGUCCGGCGACUACGUCGUCGCGCGCCGCAACCCCGACGCGGACGUCCCCGGUGGGCGGAACCGGUUGCGGAUAAACCCCAAGUUCCUGCACUCGAACGCGACCUCCCAUAAGUGGGCCUUUGGUGCCAUUGCCGAGCUCCUUGACAAUGCAAUCGAUGAGGUGAACAAUGGGGCAACAUUUGUCCGUGUUAAUAAAUUUAAAAACCCACGGGAUGGGAACCCCUCAUUGUUGGUUCAAGAUGAUGGAGGGGGGAUGGACCCUGAGGCACUGAGACGUUGCAUGAGCUUUGGAUUUUCGGAUAAACAGUCUGAUGCUUUCAUUGGGCAAUAUGGCAAUGGUUUCAAGACUAGUACGAUGCGGCUUGGAGCAGAUGUGAUUGUUUUUACACAAAACCAAAAUAACUGGGUGCCAACUAGAAGUAUCGGCCUUCUUUCUUACACAUUUUUGAUGGAAACAGGUUGCGAUGAUGUGCUGGUGCCAACGGUAGACUAUCAGUACGAUCCAACAACAACUUCAUAUGUUCAGAUGUUGCGUCAUGAUCAGAAGCUCUUCUCUUCUAAUUUGGCAAUCCUUCUCAAAUGGUCCCCUUUUGCUAGUGAAGCUGAGUUGCUUAAACAAUUUGAUGAUAUGGGAGAUCAUGGAACAAAGAUAAUUGUAUUCAACCUUUGGUUCAAUGAUGAUGGGGAUAUGGAGCUUGAUUUCAACUCUGACAAAAAGGAUAUCCUCAUUACUGGGGCCCACAAGAAGGUGAAAACAAAUAAUCCGGAGAAGAUUGCUGCACAGAACUACGUCUCAACUCGGCUUCGCUAUUCUCUUAGAGCAUAUGCAUCUAUCUUGUAUCUUCAUGUACCUGACACUUUCAGAAUUAUCCUGCGCGGACGUGAUGUGGAACCACAUAAUAUAGUUAACGAUUUGAUGUAUCGUGAGUGUGUGUUGUAUAAACCACAAAUUGCUGGACUUACAGAGUCAUCUGUAAUCACAACCAUUGGGUUUGUUAAAGGUGCACCAGACAUAGAUGUACAAGGGUUUAAUGUAUAUCACAAAAAUCGUUUAAUAUCGCCCUUCUGGAAAGUUGCAAACAACUCAUACGGGAAAGGGCGAGGAGUUGUUGGCAUUCUGGAGGCCAACUUUAUCAAACCUACCCAUGACAAGCAGGAUUUUGAGAAGUCAGUCCUGUAUCAAAGGCUUGAGAUUCGGUUGAAAGAAAUGACUUAUGAAUACUGGGACCUUCAUUGCCAUCGUGUUGGUUAUGACAACAAAAAAUUACCUAAAGCAACCCGUGCUAUUAAUCGUGCCAAUCAUAUGGGUGGCAGUUCCCCAAUAAGUGCUCCACCUCGGUUGCUUGCAGCUGAUAUUCCAACAAGCAGCUGUGGUAUACCUAGAUUAUCAGCCUCUGCAGCAAGAGAAAAGAUCAAUAGUCUUGAUUCUCUUUCCAAGAGCCCGAUGGGAUUGAAGAGGAAGUUUAAUUCCUUCAGUGCUAUGGCGGGCAGUGCUGAUCAGGAUGGGCUAGAUCAUAUGGAUAAAGUAGAUGUUUCUCAACGGAAACGGUUUAAUGAAUACAAAACUUUGACCCUGGAGAAUGACAAGUUGCGUAAUGAAUGCUUACAAUAUGAGGAAUCAGAGAAACAACUUGUCCUGAAGAGGUGGAUUUUGAUCAGGCACUUCGGCACUUUGCAGCGAAUAGAGUUAGAAUUAGACUACAUUGUGCAGCAUGUGUAUCAGCUAUUUGGUUGCUGCAUUAAUUUCCUUUUCAAACUCCUUAUUCUUUGA